UCAUUGGUCGCUUUCACGCCACUCGAACUGUUGCCUGGUGAUCUGCUCUCAGCUUGUCAACCGCACGAUCUAGUUACUGUAGCUGCCUGCUGCAAUGAAAAUAUCUUCGUUGGUGGGUGGAUAUAUGGGCCCCGUUCCAUCAUUUUUUACCAAACACUGACUGAGUGAGUAGUUUAUUUUAUCACGUUAUAGAUAAGAAUUGUCAGCUCAAGGCAUAAGGUGAAUAUCUUCAGCACGAGCUCAUGAGAAAGACAGCGUUACCAAGCUUGAGGUCAAAGUGAGCCACUGCUGAAGGCAUGUGGCAAAUAUAAUGGCUCAUAGCCAGCGUACACCCCUUGGGAGCCAACAGCUGGCCGGCUCAUGCCAUCCUGUAGCCGGGCCCCCUCCGCCUGAGCUUCAUGCACCUCACGCAAUCUACCUUUUGACUUCAUGAAGAUCCCUGACAUUGGUGAUGUAAUGAAUAAAUUUGAAGUCCUUGGGAUUGUGGGUGAAGGUGCCUAUGGUGUUGUUUUGAAGUGCCGACACAAGGAGACCAAUGAAAUUGUGGCCAUUAAGAAAUUCAAGGACAGUGAAGAAAAUGAGGAGGUUAAAGAAACGACACUACGGGAGCUUAAAAUGCUCCGCACCCUCAAGCAAGAGAAUAUUGUUGAGUUGAAAGAGGCCUUCCGCAGGAGAGGAAAGCUGUAUCUUGUCUUUGAGUAUGUGGAGAAGAACAUGCUUGAACUGCUUGAGGAGUUACCAAACGGUGUGCCGACUGAGAAAGCGCGCAGCUACAUCUACCAGUUAAUCAAAGCAAUCCACUGGUGCCACAAGCACGACAUUGUUCACCGGGACAUAAAGCCAGAAAAUCUUCUCAUCAGCUCUGAUGACGUCCUCAAGUUAUGCGACUUCGGCUUUGCACGUAAUCUCUCAGAGGGGACUGAUGCCAAUUACACCGAGUAUGUGGCCACUAGAUGGUACCGCUCUCCAGAGCUCCUGCUCGGGGCUCCUUACGGGAAGGCAGUGGACAUGUGGUCAGUGGGCUGCAUCUUAGGAGAGCUGAGUGAUGGACAGCCUCUGUUCCCAGGAGAGAGUGAGAUUGACCAGCUCUUUACCAUCCAGAAAGUGUUAGGACCCCUGCCUCCAGAACAGAUGAAGCUCUUCUAUAACAACCCUCGCUUCCACGGGCUGCGGUUCCCUGCUGUGAACCAUCCCCAGACCUUGGAGCGAAGAUACCUGGGAAUCAUUGGCGGAGGCCUGCUGGACCUGCUGAAGAACCUGCUACUGCUGAACCCGACGGAGCGCUUUCUCACAGAGCAGAGCCUGAACCACCACACCUUCCAGACCCUGCGACUGGUGGAGCGGCCUGGCCCACCCACACCUACACCUGUACGCUCCUCCAAGAGAAAACCUCACCAUGGAGACAACACCACCCCCAGCAGGAGCCAUGGGGGAAAGAGCUCAGGAAGCCACCGCUCCAGCAGCAGAGAGUGCUCCAGCCUACCCCGGCAUGAAGAACUCCACCCCAGCAACGACAGCUUUCUCAACGGCAACAUGUCUGCAGCGAUCAACCUCAGCCCCACCCUGCAUCCCAAGAACUACCAGCCGCAGAUCUUUAACCACUCCACCUCCUGCAGCAUGGACCUAGCCAGCAGCAACCUGCCUCACCUGCUCAGCCCUGGCGAGGCCAAGAGCAAGGGUGACUUUGAGAUGAACCUGGGGUCCAAGGUGUCCGACGGCCCUGGAGCCAAGUACCUCAAAUCCAACUUCCGUUCACAGCAGAACCGCCAUUCCUUUGUGGAGGGGAAAACCAACACGCUUCAAUCAGGGGAGAAACACGGUCGACACAGCUACAUGGAGUCUCACAGCUCCACACCAUCCUCUUCCAAGUUCGCCUAUCUGAACUUAUCCAAGAGCUAUGGCACGCUGAGUGAUGCUAAGUCCGUGGGGAACUUAAAUGAUGUGCAUCUGUAUGCCGAUGAGCCUACGUCUCGCUAUUUUCCUUCAAGCUGCCUUGACCUCACAGCUCCGAGCAGCCCAGCAGCCCGCCGAGUUGACAGACUGGGACCUGGCACGGCUGGCCGCGGAAGCAUGCGCUCGGACAGAGAAAGCAACACUCUGGACUCCUCUUAUAGGCGCUCUUCCACCCGCCACAAGGCCUCAGAGGAGGCCAAGUCACCAGAUGCCCUGGACCCUGGGGAAAGUGGUGUCGAAAGGAGUCACGCUCACUCUCUGUCUGCCCCACACGACCCUCUGCCUUACGGUCAGGGAUACACCAGCCCUUUCUCGUCCCAGCAGCGGCCACACCGCCACUCCAUGUACGUACGGAGGGACCACCAGAGGACGCACGGGGCAGACGAGGGGCUGGCGGUGGGGCAGGGCAUGCCUACCAGAGCCAGCAGCCUCCAGCUCCUGUCUCCACAGCUUCAGCACCGCACACUGCCUCGCCACUCUGGGGGCUCCUCCAGAGAGGACGACAUGAGCAGGAGCGAACAGGCACCCACUGAGGUCACCCACAGCAGACCCCCAAUAAGGGACUCCACAAGGGACAACACUGCAUCUUUUCACACACAGCGGCAAAAAAGCGAGGUCGGCUUAUAUCAUGACCAGCAAACAGAAGAUGGGGGCUCCUCCAAAGAGAAUCGCAACAUCUACAGUGAAUCCAUGCCUAGGAGGGUGGGAAGCUUCUACAGAGUCCCUUCCCCACGGCCAGACAACUCCUUUCAUGAUAGCAGGGGUCAGAGCCGGGGCUCUGGCCUGUCCGGGGACGGCAGCAGUAUGACAAACCACUCCAAACGUCAGCCAGCCUUUGACCCUUGGACUGGCCCAGAUACUGUGGUCUUGAACUCCUCUGAGCCAUCCAAAGAAAAGGAGAAACAGGGUUUCUUCAGAGCAAUAAAGAAGAAAAAGAAAAAAUCUCAAAUGAUGGAAGUCCCUGAUGGAAGGCCUCCUGUCAUCAAGAAAUGUCUUUUCCCUCUGUUUAGCCCAAAGAAUAACAUAAAGCAUAGUUCCUCUGUGAGAGUCCUCCCUGUACUGUCCUCUCCCAUGGUUCCUUCUGAUGGGGUGGAUACAGUCAUCCAGAAGUCCUCCAGGUCUUCGACUCACCAGAGCAGCCGCCACAGGACCCGUGACAAGAGCAGAGACCGGGACCAAGAGCGAGACCGAGACAGGGACAAGGACUGGCCCCCAGAGAAACUGUCCGACUCACACUCUCCAAGUCAGCCACUGAAGUCACUGCGCAAGCUCCUGCACCUUUCAUCCUCAUCCUCCAACCAGACCACGCCCUCUGAUAUGCGCUACCAGCCACUGCCUAAUCCAGCCACCGCUCAAGGUGGUUUCACAGAAAGUCGGGGUCACUCAGGGGUCAGCACGCCCCAGCUGAAGAGCCGACAGACAGCCUACCCGCUUCCCGGACAAAUGGAGUCCGGCUGGCAUACGUCCGCCCUUGGCCGCCCAGAGGGCAACCCCUACCCGGAGCAAAUGAUCAAGGGAGGCCAGAACGGGCAUGGCUUUGGACGCCCCUCCAGGUCUCGUAUGCCAAACCUCAACGACCUGAAAGAGACGGCUCUGUGAUCGUCAUCACCCCACAGCUCUCACUCCCACCUCAGACUACUUUGUUUCCGUCUGUUGCUCCUACACCUCCCUUGCUAACAGUACACCUGCUGUACACACACACACACACUAACACACAGAUACCAAACCUUCAGUUUUAAACACUGCUUGCAAACAGGCCAAAAGCCUUUUUAUGUCUAAAUUUUUUUUAAAGCUUCCAUGUUUGAUAGACUUUAUAUUAUUACUUAUGUAAUUCUGAUUAUAAUUUGUAUUAUAAAGUAAAUAUAUUACAAAUUAAAUAUAUAUAAAUGGAUAGAUAAAGUGUAGAUUUUAAGUGUAAGUAUUUUUGUUUCUAUAUAGAAAUAUAGUAGAUUUUACUGCGUAGUAUUUCCUUAAGACUAUCUAAGGCAUUCUAAACAAAUAAAGUUUUAUCAGUUGUUACAAUAGAGAUCAGUAACGUCAGUAACUUGUGUUCAUCUCACCCAAGACUGUAACUCUUGGUCUGAGCUGUCUCGCCUCUGGAUGUGCUCUGUCGUACUGGUUACAGAUGCUCAAAUGUGCAACUACAAGUCAAAGCAGUCUUGUUCUUAAAAAUAUAGAUGUAGUGCAGUUUUUCUGAGUUGGCACUGACAAUCUUAAAAAGCUUAAAUCUAUUUGUUCUAUUUGAGGAUAUUUAGGUUUUUAUGUCUUUUUGAAAUGCAGCCAUUUUAGACACUAUGGUGCCAUAAACUGACAGAAAUCCUAACCUACAUCGCCCUCUGUAGGAGAUAAUGAAGCACUGCAUUUACUGUUACCUGACAGAGAUUACCAUGCACUAACAUUUAGGCACUGACUUCUCACGCACAGAAUAUGUAAAAUCAUCAUUUUCAUAUAUACUAUGAACAAAUAUAAUACAAUUAAAACUAUGGCUACACCUCAAUGAUUUCAAACAGAACAAACAUAAUAACUGUUCCUUAUGCAGACAAUACCAAGAAUCCUUUUGGUACUAAUGUAAUCUAACACUAUUUACUGAAAUGUGUAUUUAUAUAUGUUAUGAAGCACCCUUAUGGACAAAUCAUACAGUAGUAAAACCUUGAUAGCUUGCACUGCUUUCAAGGAUCCAGUUAAUGGCAAAGGACAUCUGAAGUUAAUACUGAAGGAAUGUGAUUUUCUCUGAUAACUUCCCUCACUACCAGGAUUCAAGGAAGUCUGUUUGUUGCUCAUUUCUUACUAAAAGAUUUCACAAAAGCUAUCCCCAAGUGGUUUCAGUUGUAUAAUCAGUUAAAAGAUGUGCAAAAACAUGCAAAAUCUUCUAUAAAGUUUAACUGCUGGAUUAUUUAAAAAAAUGUAGGGUUUUCUAAUUAUUGUUACAAAGUCACUUUUACAGCAGUUAGAGGAAUACAAAAGCCAUUCUGGGUGAACUAGUGCAGUGGUUCCCAACCUUUUUUGUCUGAUGUUCAGCCCCACACCCCUGUCACAUUAUCCCAAGUACUCUUUAACACUACUGAUUAUAGAAAAGUGCACAUUAUUCUGGUGUUUUUCAUACAUUUGAACUGUCUGUGUUUAGGUAAGUUUGGUCGAGUUUACAUUCAUAAUUGGACUGGCAGAAGGUUUCAGCAAUUUAUCCCUGACUUUUAUCUACUUCAACUAUUGACCUGUCACUCAUAGCUAACCAUUUCAAUUGUUUAUCCAUUACUUUUAGCCAUUUCUACAUUUUUUCCAAUAUUUAUAUCUAAACAUUUGACCUUUCUAUCCAUUUCUUUGAGCCUUGUCACCAUUUUUCAUCACUAACAUUUGGUUAUCCAUUUGUUUGAGUUGUUUAUCCAGUACUUUACACUCACUCUCAGUUGAAACACAUAACUAUUGUUCAGGUAUUAUUGCUGGCUCAGUAUGUGGACGUACAGUAUUUUUUUAAAAUCAAAUUUCUUCUGUUUUUUCUAAUGAGUUCAGCAACUCUAUAGUCUGUCCAUGUAGCCCCUUGUAACUACAGAAGUACACGUACCCCUGGUUUGGAAUCACUGUGCUGGUGUAUUUUUAACUGGCUGCACAUACUGAGACACUUGGGACGAGCAUUUAAGAAAUCUUUAAGUGGAACCACACUGGGGGCAGAAGCUCUGUACUGUAACAUUGUUUUCUGUCUGAGAUAAAGUGCCAUGAAAGUAGCUUGGCAAAAAUAAAUCUUAAACUUUUUAUUGUUGCACUUUGAAGAGACUGUGUGGCUCAGCAAUAUACUGCUCUGACGCUGUAAAUUCUUCCUCAGUUCAUGUUCAUCAUGUGCACAGUGUGUGAGGACUGAAACACGGGGGCCACCAGCUCCCGCAGUGACACACUGAGUCCAAACAUGGCCGUAUCGUAUUGCGUGUUGUGCAUCUGUAAGGACUGUGCACACUCCAUACUUGACACAAUACAUUUCUCUCUUUGGUUUAUUGUUUUGCUGAAGGAGCACCGUGUAUUAUAUUAAUACUGAUGUGUGACUACUUGUUUGGUAAUAUUUAUAACAGAAGAUGUUUAUCAGCUGUUUAAAUGAAAUCAAGUAUUAAGUUUGUGCUUUUAUUACAGACACAAAUUAGUAGCAUAGUCAGUGUUUAUCAGCUUUUUUUUUUCGACAGAGCAUUUACAUGAGAACGUAAACCCACAAAUGAAUGCUUAACAGUUUUAGAAUAUUCAUGUUUACAUAUGUAACAGUAAAUCUCAAAUAAAACAAGUUCAUUUGAUUUGA